UUCAGGAGCUGCUGUUUUGCUUGUCAGGAGGCUAGUCAAGCUCAUCCACUUCCAUCCUAGGCACAUUUCAAUGAGGCAAUGCCGUAAGUUCAUCUAACAAAAUGCUUGUGUUAUAGUUCAGCUACCCGUGUUGAUAUGGUUAGGAAUUAUGUUUGUUAAUUUAGUUAAAAAUGCAUUGAGCUGUGUGAGAAGCUAACCGCAUGGUUACUGCUAGUCAGAGUACAGGACAGCUUUGUACACACAUUGUUGCUUCCAACUACAAUGUAAUGUAUAAUUAAGACAGAACAUGUGUUUUGUGUUGUUUGUUUACAGUUUUCACCUCAAUGUUAAUGAAGAAGAGUGAAUAAAUGGUCAAGCUUACUGCGACUCUGUCUUCAUUGGCUCUGGUUUAACUUGGUGUUUAGUCAGAGUUGCAGCACUCUGCACGAGAACACUAUUCACGUUUUUCCGGGCAUCCCAAGGGGGGCGUCCAUGACGUCCCACUACUUCCGUUUGCCGGUUUUUUGGUUCCGCUCGCGCUAGCGUUUCAGCGCUGCUAACCAAAACAUUGCUAGUGAGACGAAUACAGCUGGCUUUGAUACGGAUUACGUGCUUCUAAAAUGAGCUCAGGCUCGACGUGUGCAGUUGUCGGGUGCCACAACAACUCAAAAAAGUUGAAGUUGUUGUUGGAAAGUACAUGUUUUGAACACCAGCAGCUUCGUAAACACUGUCCGUGUCCGGCGCCUUAUGCUUUGCACUCCGUACCGAAGGAGAAGGGAAGGAGCCUAGCGUGGCUUGCAGCUUUAAAACUGAAAUAUCCUCCAAAGAGGAUAUAUGUUUGCUCGUUUCACUUUGUUGAAAAGAAGCCUACAGAGCUGCAUCCUGACCCGGAGCUGUAUUUGGGUUACGAAAGACCACCAGAAAAAAAGAGAAGAAAGCUAGUUCGGGUGAGCCAAACGGCAUCUACAGCCACCAACCUUAAUGAAGAUGCAGACGGUGAAUCUCAUUGCUGUGUGGCCUUCCCCCUGGAACCCUCUGACACAGGACCCUCAGGAGUUGAAAGCAGUCAAUGUACAUCUGCCUCACAGUGCCACUCCGUUCACACACAGUGGGAAGACCGCACCCUACUUGAUCAUGAUUACACAAAGACAGGCAAGGAAAAGGCUAUGCGGGACCAGAUGACACAGUGUAAUGACUUUGGGUACUUCAUGCUUCAGAAUGACACAGAUUCCCUGCUGUACACUGGCUUAAAACUUGAAACAUUUGACACCCUUGUUUCAACAAUGGAAAUGUUUAACAGCAGUGCGUUUACAAUGCCCAUAGGAGACCAACUACUGUUGACCCUUAUGAAAUUGGAACUGAACCGUGUGUUAGGAGAUCUGAGCAGGCAAUUCUGUGUAUCACAGAGUAUGGCAAGUAAGAUCAUCUCAUAUUGGAUUGACAAAUUGGAGGAAGUCUUACGACCCCUUAUUCCAUGGCUUCCAAAGGAAACUAUCCAGGCAACAAUGCCAGCCGCAUUUAAAACAUUUCCAAAUGUUACAUGUAUUUUAGACUGCAGCGAGAGCCUACUACAAAAACCCAAAAACUUGGAUUCAAGGGGAGAAUCAUAUAGCCAUUACUAUUCACACAACACAGUAAAAUAUCUUGUAGCAGUUGCCCCAUGUGGACUUAUCAUGUUCAUCUCUGCAGCUUAUGGUGGUCGAUGCAGUGAUAAAUUUCUAACAAUGGACUGUGGGAUUUUAGAUUACUUGAAUGCUGGAGAUGAAGUAAUGGCAGACCGGGGCUUUUUAAUAAGAGAUGUACUCUUUGAAAGGAAAGUAAAGUUAGUAAUGCCAUCAUUCACUAAAAAAGGAGCUCAGCUCACUGAGGAACAGGUCACUGCAACUAGAAGAAUAGCAAAUGUUAGAAUCCAUGUGGAGAGAGCAAUUAGACGUUUGAAAGUAUAUAAAAUUCUGUCACAGGUUGUACCAAUUACCAUGGCUCCUAAGAUAGACAAAAUUCUCAGAGUAUGUGCUGCCCUUGUGAACCUGAGGGAUGAACUUAUUCGUGAUUCUGAGUAAUUUUAUGUAAGGGUACAAGUAACACUACUAUAUGUAUUCUACAUUAAAUUUAAAAAGUUGUGGCCAUACAAAGCACCAGAUCUGACACUGAUCCUGUUUUUUGAGAAAUAUAUUGUAACAAAACACAGACAAAUAAAUGUCUAGAGAAAGAUAUCUUGGAACAAUGCAUGGAUGUAAUACAUUACCAGUGUUUAAUUGAUCAGCAAAUUUUAUACAUGACAAUUUACAAUAUAUUUGAUGCAUGUAACUACAAAUCUUUAAACACAGUCUUUCACAAAUAGCAUGUUUAACUCCCUACUGUGAAUAUUUGUACAGAAUGUGCACUAAAGUUGAUUAUUUAUUUGUAAAAUAUUUAGUGUUUUUUUUUUUCAUAACAGUAUGCAAACCAUUAAUAGCUUUUGAACCUUUUCUGUGUAAUGAAUUGUUUACAUUGCCUCUAACUUGUGAUUUGUAUUGUUGUUGUAGUGAAGAUCAUUUGAAUAAAACAGAAUAAAAUAUUGUA